AUCAGGAUCUACAUACAAUGUCUGGACAUAAAGGGGCCCCUAGGUCUUCUGAUCCUCCGACCGCACCACCCAGCUUGUUUCACCAAUGACCAAUCCACCAUGGAGUCUAGUGCCAGCCUGCAGAUGCAACCCAUGAGGAGCCCUCAGGACAUUGGGCCAGGCCAAGAAGCGGAUGAGAAUGGGGUCCAGGAUAUGACACAACUGGAUGACUUACAGGAAGCAUCGGUCCUCCAGAACCUGAGAAAAAGGUUUGAGCGGGAGAUGAUAUAUACCUAUAUUGGUAGCAUCCUUCUUUCGCUGAACCCGUACAGGAUGCUGAAUAUUUACGGGACGGACCAUGUGUUGUAUUACGAAGGAAAGGCCUUGGGAGAGACUCCUCCACACCUUUUUGCAAUUGUAAACACAGCCUACACCAAACUGAUGGAUGCCAAACACAACCAGUGUAUUAUUAUUAGUGGUGAAAGUGGGUCUGGUAAAACAGAAGCCACCAAGCUGGUCCUGCGUUACCUGGUAGCGGUUAACCAGAGGCGCGGUGUGACAAACCAGAUUCUAUUGAAGAUUUCCAUUUGUUUUGUAUUCCUUGUAUUAAAAGCUGCAAUAAACAUUCUAGAGGCGACACCUCUGCUGGAAUCCUUCGGAAAUGCCAAAACAGUCCGGAACGAUAAUUCCAGCCGGUUUGGAAAAUUUGUGGAGAUUUAUCUGGAGGAGGGUGUGAUCUGUGGUGCCAUAACAUCCCAAUACCUGCUUGAAAAAUCCAGAAUUGUAUUUCAGGCCAAAAAUGAGAGGAAUUACCACAUUUUCUAUGAGAUGUUGGCUGGUCUCCCCUCUCAGCAGAAGCAGGCCUUCUACCUUCAGGAUGCUGAAACAUAUUACUACCUGAAUCAGGGAGGUAACUGUGAGAUUCCUUCUAAAAGUGAUGCCGAAGACUUCCGAAGACUCCUGAACGCCAUGGAAUCUCUCAGCUUCACCAUUGAGGACCAGGAUAGCAUCUUCCGAAUUCUCUCUUCCAUCCUGCACUUGGGCAACGUCUAUUUCGAGAAAUAUGAGACUGAAUCCCAGGAGGUGGCUUCGGUUGUGAGCGCGAGCGAGAUACGGGUGGUGUCCGAACUGCUUCAGAUAUCCCACGAGGGUCUGCAGAAAGCCAUCACGUAUAAAGUCACUGAGACGAUGAGAGAAAAGAUCUUCACUCCCCUCACCGUGGACAGCGCUGUAGAUGCCAGAGAUGCAAUUGCCAAGAUUUUAUACUCCCUGCUCUUCAGCUGGCUGACAGAUAGGAUUAACAAGCUUGUCUACCCCAAACAAGAUGCCCUGUCCAUUGCCAUACUGGAUAUUUAUGGCUUUGAGGAUCUGAACUUCAACAGCUUUGAACAAUUGUGCAUUAACUAUGCGAAUGAAUAUCUGCAGUUCUUCUUCAAUAAGAUUGUGUUCAGAGAGGAGCAGGAGGAAUACAUUCGUGAGCAGAUAGACUGGAGGGAAAUUUCCUUUGUGGACAAUCAGUCCUGUAUAGAUCUUAUAUCCCAGAAGCCCUAUGGAAUUCUGAGGAUCUUGGACGACCAGAGCUGCUUCCCACAGGCCACAGACCACACCUUUCUCCAGAAGUGUCACUACCACCAAGGCACCAAUGAGCUGUACUGCAAGCCAAAGAUGCCUCUCCCCGAAUUCGGGAUCAAGCAUUUUGCUGGGAAAGUCACUUACCAGGUCCACAAGUUCUUGGAUAAAAACUAUGACCAAGUGAGACAAGAUGUCCUAGACCUCUUUGUCAACAGUAAAAUUAAGGUGGUGGCCAACCUGUUUUUCAGCCAUGCUCAGGUGCUGGCUCAGCAGAAAAGCAUGAUGGGUAAAAGCAGUACCGUGACCCGGAAGAUCAAGGCUCAAACCGUAGCUGCGAAGUUCCAGCAAUCCCUUCUGGAGCUGGUGGAGAAGAUGGAGAGGUGCAAUCCAUUUUUUGUCCGAUGUUUCAAACCGAACAGCAAAAAGGAGCCUUACCUCUUUGAGGAAGACGUGGUGAGCAGUCAGCUGAAGUAUGCCGGCAUCCUGGAGACCAUCAGAAUUCGGAAAGAAGGAUUCCCUGUUCGGAUCCCAUUCCCAUUCUUUCUCAGCAGGUAUCGCUGUGUCAUGGACCUUGGACGUAACAUCCGUCCUGAUGGCCCCAUAUGUGUCACCGUGUUGAGGAAACUGUGUCCAUCUGUUCACCCCACCAUGUACUGCAUCGGAGUGAGCAAGCUCUUUAUGAAGGAGAAUCUCUACCAGCAACUAGAGAGCAAGCGAGACCAACUGAUGAACAAGGCGGCUUUAACCCUUCAGCGAUAUGGACGCGGGUACCUGACCCGGAAACGUUACAGGACUCUGCGCUACAGGAUCAUUCAACUGCAGGCCCUGGCCCGGGGCUACAUGGCGAGACGUAAGUUUCACAACUGGAGAAAGAGCAUGUUGAAAUUUCGAGCUCUGGUCCAUAUGUACGUGAAUCGGAGGCGAUACCUUAGGAUGAAGGCAGAAGCCCGCAGGCUGGCCGAAGAGGAGCGCAAGAAGGCAGAGCAGGAGCUGACAAAGAGAGAAGUGUUUAAUGUGACUCAUAUAGAGAUCCCAGCAGAGCUGGCGGGGCUCCUCCGCACAGCGUCGGCUCAGAACAACGUGAUGCUGGACUAUGUGACACCUACUCACGUCCCUAGGGUACAGGCCUUCACCCAGCUUACCCUGACCCUUGACAUCAACAACUACCCCAUGUUCAAAUACGUGCGCGUGUUUUUCAGGGAACCUUUGUUCGGGAUGUUAGCGAUGACACUUGGAUCCUCGCUGCUUCCUGUUGAAGAUGAUCUGAAACCACAAGCCAUUACGUCCUUCAAAUUGGUGUUGCGAUUCAUGGGUGACCCAUUCCUCAACGGAGCCCAGGAGAUGUUAUUUGGCAAUUACAUCAUCCAAAAGGGAUUGUCCAGCACGGGGCUGCGGGACGAGAUCCUGGUCCAGAUAGCCAACCAAGUCUGGAGGAACACCAACCCAAACAACGAGGAGCGAGGCUGGUACCUGCUGGCCUCCUGUCUCAGCAGCUUCGCUCCGUCCCCCAACCUGGACAAGUAUCUUUUAAAGUAUGUCUCUGACUAUGCUUACAAUGGUUAUAAACCUCUUUGCCAACACAAGCUGAUCCUAGCGAUGCAGAAAUCUCAGCAGGGCUCAGAAACGGCAAGGACUUUCCCGCCAUGUUUAAUGGAGUGGACAGCAAGCAGAGAGAAAGCCAACAUGGCCCUGGACAUUUAUUGCUUCGAUGGAGCAAAGCUGUUAUGCCCCAUCCAUUCAUGGACGGAUGGAGAGGAGAUCGCGGGGGACGUCCUCAGACACAGGGGGGUGAUUGAAGGUUGGAGGGGGUGGUCGGUAUGUUUCAAGGACGGCGGGAAAUGGUCGGAACUGGCCGGCCACGAUUAUGUACUGGAUCUGAUCUCUAAUGCAGAAUUACCUAGAGAAUUUCCCAAACAGAAAUCGUAUUUCAUCACCUCUGAAGUGCCGCAGGAGAACACCGAAAGAUGUAGCGCAGUAUUUGGGGACAUAUCUGAGACGGAUGACCACUUCCCUCCCCCACCUUUAAUGAAAGCUCCAUCUCUACCACCGCAGGGCGUUCCGGAGUCAGAUGGUUAUUACAGUCAUGAUUCAGACACAUUGAGCGAGCCCCCUACUCAGAAAGGCAUGGAUCACUACCUAGACAGCCUGUUCGAUCCUGUUCUGUCCUAUGGAAACGGGGCUCUGGAAAAGCUGACGGCCAUGUCCCAGAAAAUGAAGGGUGGCGGAGGCGUAGGUGGCAGAGAUGGCACCGAGGUAUCCGGAGAACCCAAUCUACCCAGCGAAGCAUCACGCCAUAAGGAACAAGGCAUGUAUGCCCAGCAACAAGCGUAUAUCAACCAGCAGGCCAUGUUAUUGGCCCAGCAGAUGACCAUGCAGGCGAUGGCCCUGCAGCAGCAGAUGGUCAGCAAUUCCUCUGUGGGUCCAUCCAUUUCCAGCAGUCCGAGCCACAGCAUCAAGACUCCUCCAAGCAGAGCUAGUUCUUACAGGGUGACACCUACAGUAGCGCCAAUGCCCAGGACUGGCACUCCAGGCCAGAGGGCUGUAGUCAAUGGAUCUCCCUACAAGACACAGACAUCUCCAUCCCGGGAGAGCUCCUUCAGUCACAGGCCGGGCCCCUCUGUCCAGACGCGGCCGGAAGAUCUCAUCCAUCACAGCCCGCUAAAUUCUGAACAUUUUCCCGAGCCGACCCACAACAUUAAGGAUAUCAUAAGCCAGUAUAAGCAGCCAGGUGUGACCAGACCUCCACCCACUCCUGUAAGGAAGGAGCCCCCCAAAAUUUUUGGAAGGAAAAUGGAUCCACAUGAAGAAGCUUUGAAGAUACUCAGGGGACAAAUGUCUAAUCGGCCACUUGCGGGACCUUCACCGGUCUCCAAUAUAUCUUAUGUUCCUAAGGUGUCCAGAAGUCCUAUGAAAGGCAGCGCUAACACCGAGGGCUACAAUGAGCAUCUCUACCGGGCCUCUCGAGACACUGUCGCCUUGGUGAAACCCACUCCCAGCAUUAAACAAAAGAAGCCCCCCAGCCCGCCGCCGGUCAGUGCUGUCCGACCCACCACCACAGCCACAGCUCCUCCAGUGUCAGUGUCACGGGAGCUGUCAGAAGAACAAGAAAAUAUCCAGACACAGCUACAUCGGCAAUACAGCGAGGAGUUCUACACCUACAGCAAUGUAUCCUGGAGGAUCUACAUCAGGAAGGAGGUGUUUUACCCCAGAGACAGCAUCAACAACCCUCUCAUCCUGGACCUCAUCUUCAAGCAGAUCAUCAAUGACACCUUGUCUGAGAGCUGCAUCAGGAUCAACCAGGAGGAGAGACAGAAGAUGAGAUCUCUCUUAGCGGAGUACAGGGUGGACUCUGUCAGCGCCAUUGCAGACGACAUGGUGAAAAAGAAGGUAGUGACCGCUGCCCGGGAGGAGUGGGAAGUCUAUUUCUCAAGGCUUUUCCCCGCGGCGGGCAGCGUUGGCACCGGUGUACAGAUUCUUGGGGUCUCUCAUAUGGGAAUAAAGCUCCUGAAGAUGCUGAAGAGCGGGAGCAACGCCCCGGAACAGCUGCGAGUCCUGCGGAGUUACAGUUACACAGACAUCAUGUUUGUCACCGUCCUGUCCAAAAACAUGCUGGAGUUUAACCUGACCAAUGAGAAGCUCAUACUUUUCUCGUCGCGGUCCAGUCAGGUGAAGAGCAUGGUGGAUUGCUUCCUUAUGGAGCUCAAGAAGGAUUCUAACUAUGUGGUUGCCGUGCAAAAUUAUGUGACAGAAGACAAAAGUUUCCUGAGCUUCCAUAAAGGAGACAUCAUCCGGCUGCAAACUCUGGAAGGACUGCAGAAAGGCCAGAACUAUGGCUGUGUGGUUAGGAAGAAGGUGAUGUAUUUGGAGGAGCUGAAACGUGGCACUCAGGAUUUCGGCUGGAAGUUUGGGGCCAUUCACGGUCGGGCGGGAUUGUUCCCGGUUGAGUGUGUCCAACCUGUAGCGGCUCCAGAUUUCGUGAACCUACCAGCCGACAGGAAAGAAGAGCCAAGAAAUCGCCAUAGUCGAGCGGCGGCUUCUGCGGCGGUGGCUGUAGCCGUGGCUUCGACGGCCGUGGCUCAUGAAUUCGACAAAAAAAUGGAUGGAUCGCCCACUCCAAGCGAAUACGCAGAGAGUUUGGAUGAAUACACAGAGGUGGACACCUCGGAGGCCGUGUUACAGGGGAGCUCCUAUAACAUGAUGGAAUUUGCCAAAAAGUAUUUCCGAGAGGGUCAGAGGCUGUUGGCGCAAGAGGAAGCGGCUAAGACAUCAGGAGAAUCUUCUAAACAGGGUUCAAAGAAAAGUCAUGAGUUCAAAGACCCGGCGGAUAUGAUGAAGUUUACCAAGAAUCCAAUACAAGAGUCACUUAUUGAGUUCAGCGACAGCAGCAUGAACAGAAUCGCCUCUGAACUUUUCCUGGCUGUGAUGAGGUUUAUGGGGGACGCGCCGAUGAAGGGUCAGUCUGAACUGGACGCCGUGUGUACAGUCCUGAAGUUGUGCGGGGACCACGAGGUCCUGAAGGACGAAGGCUACUGUCAGAUCAUAAAACAGAUAACCGACAACUCCAGCACCAAGACGGACAGUUGUCAGCGUGGAUGGCGGCUCCUGUACAUCCUUACCGCGUAUCACAGAUGCUCCGAAGUCCUCAAGCCAUACCUGUUCAAGUUCUUUCAGGAUACGUGCCGAAGCCCCGGCCUGCACUUCCAAGGGAUCGCAAAAGCCUGUGAGCAGAACCUGCAUAAGACCCUGCAGUAUGGAGGGCGAUCCGAACACCCAAGUGCAAUGGAACUUAAAGCCAUGGUGGCCGGGAGAAGCUCCAAGAGGCAGCUGUUUUUACUCCCUGGAGGACUUGAGCGACAUCUCAAGAUAAAGACUUGUUCGGUGGCCUUUGAUGUCAUAGAGGAGGUCUGCACGGAGAUGGGGGUCCACAGGGACGAGGCUUAUAAUGAAUAUGCUAUUUUUGCUGUGACCAAUAGGGGUCAGAACGUGAGACCCAUUAACAGGAAGGAAUACAUCCUGGACGUGUCAGCAGAGAUGGAGCAGAUAGACAGCAACUACAUGUUUUGGUUCAGACGUGUCAUCUGGGUACAACCGCUCAAGUUUGAGAACGAGUUAUAUGUGACCAUGCACUAUAACCAGGUGUUACCGGAUUAUCUGAAGGGUCUCUUUAAUGUCUUUUCUCAUGCUAAACCCACUGAGCAGCAGUUUCAGCAGAUAUCCAGACUGGCAGCCCUGCAGCAUCGUGCCAAGGACAGCGUCUACCUGCCCACCGCCCGGGAGGUGCAGGACUACAUCCCCAGCCAGUACUAUAAGGUGGUGAAGCCUCAGUCCUGGCUAAACAUGGUGAUGCAGCACAUGCAACAGAUCCAGCCUCUCAGUCCUCACCAGGGCCGGGCUCAGUUCUUAGGUCUGGUCAGCGCUUUCCCCAUGUUCGGCUCCUCUUUCUUCUACAUCCAGAGCUGCAGCAAUAACAUGGUCAUCUCCCCUUGUAUACUGGCCAUCAAUCAGAACGGGCUCAACUUCCUCAACAAAGAAACCCACGGGCUGAUGGUGACGUUCCCUCUGAAGGAUAUCCAGAGCACGAGGACGCAGCGCCCAGUGCCAGGGUUCAGCUACCCUUAUGUCGACGUCAUGCUGGGCGAUAUGAUGGCACAGCGGGUAACACAGCUACAGCUGGAGCAGGGUCUGGAAUUAUGCCGAGUGGUCGCAGUUCACAUGGAGAAUUUUCUUCUAAGUCGAGAUAAGCGGCUAACGCUCCCACCCAGCGAGAUCACUCUGCUCUGAAUGCCGCCGCCACCGCCAUUAUGGCUGGACUAAACCAUUUCACUCCGCACUUUAGAAUUUGGCAUUGUAUAAUAUGUGUAUAUAUAUAUAUAUAUAUAUAUAUAUAUAUAUAUAUGGGUGGCGUUCCCGCUCCCGGUGCUAGAUACACA